AUGACGUACCUUCCCCGCACUGCGGAGGGGGAACCGCGGGCCAGCGUGUUGGCGGACGGACACGCAGCGGGCCGCUUUCCAAGCAGGCCCCGCUUGCUCGAGUACGCGACGGAAGGGGCCCAAGAAGCGGUGGGGGAGAAGAUCGAAACUGAACCCGGUGUGUUGUAUAUCCCCAACACGCGCCGUUUCCCCGUGCUGGACGCGUUCUACGUGGCCGAGGUGCGGCGCGUGGCAGCUGCCAAGAAGAGAUCCGGGCGGGCCAGCGACACUCCCACCGGUGGCCAGAGCAGGGCGAAGAGGAUAAUCACGUUUGUCGGGCUGCAAGUGAGAAAGCAAGAUACUCACGACACCACCGCCAGUGAGGUGGCUGCAUUCAUGAACUACAUGAGGCGCAACUUCAAUAACUGGGAGGUGCUGAGUGAGGCGAUGGAGUGGGAGUUCAUUUACGCCCAGCACACUGCGUGCACGCCGAUGAGGACAAGGCAGCAGUGUAUUGUCUCGGAGGAGGAAAAGCGGAGUCGAAGUUUGAAGAGUGUCAGCGAUUUCUGGGAGAGAA